AUACUUAAAGCGGGACAAAGUCGGUCGAAUUAGACUCUAUUUUGUACACAGUGAAGAAAGCACGUUGAAGGAGAUCCUGUUAUUUGAGAUUUCAAACAUGAAAUGGCGAGAUCGAAUAUCCAUACUGUCAAGGAAAAGGACACUCAAGAGCUUUGUGGGGUCAGGCCAGGACCAAAAUGAGGUCCCAUCUGGCUCAGGGUUGGGGCACAGUGGUCCUCAGGCCCUCUUGGGGGACAUCCAAGGGAGCUCGGUAGAGAACACCUUAUCGCAGAUCCGUCCAGUCAUAGGACCAGACCAUAAGAGCUACUACAUCCUGCUGCGAGGGAAUGAGGACUCCUUCAUGUGCAUUCAACCAGCCAAAGACGUAAUUGACAGCUUAGACGACGUUGUAAAGAAUGUGGUAAAUAGUGUGAAAUUGUCAAAGCUGUCACAGGAGAGUGAGUCUCCUCCUGUGGUGAAAAAACCUAGGUACAGCCAGGGGAAAACUUACAAAAGUACAAACCGCCAGAAUCCGCCUGCCACUAAAAACAAUGGAUUACUUAAUUCCCAUGUCCAGAUCAGCGAGGGGGACAGAGUGGAGGCUUCUACGGGGCUCGAGAACUUACUCCUUUGCAGAGUUACUCCAGAGGAGACAAAUAAUGUAGUGGAAAAUGUCGUACUUAACCGCAGGGUUCAGAAUGUAAACAGUGAACAGCAGAACAAGAUGGUGAGAACUAGUAUGUUACUAUAUCCUCUAGUGCAAAAUAGUAGACUAGCUCAAGGCAGUGCAGUUCGUGCUGAUAGUAAACAGAAAACCAGUUUACUUUUAUCAAGUGACUCUGUGAAUGAGCUUGACGACCCAUUACUCAUUCCCUCAGAAAGUGAUUUGAUACAGAACAUUGCUCAAAGCUGUACGGCAGCUAGAUUAAGUGACCAGAAGCAAGAACUAGGUAGUUUAGAGCCUUCAGAGCCUGAGCUCUGUGAUCCCUCAGAAUAUGUGACGACAGAAAUUAAGGAUCUAAACAGCAUACUUCAUCCCCCUGUAGGACAGAAUCCUUCACCAACAGAACUCUGUCUGAUCGCAAGAGAAGGAACAUUGCUAUCUGAGGAAGAGAUUACAUCACAGAUUAAAAACAUGAUUGAAUCUGAGCAGCUAGUAGUUGGGGAAGGCAAACAAAUUGUUGUGAUCAGAGUAUCGGCAAGAGAAGCUUUAGUAAAGAUAGUGGGCAAUGAAACGGAAUCUGUCAAUAACAGUGAGCAUCAGGAAAUAAGAGAUGCAUCGGAGACUUUGCAGCAUGAGGAGCAGGUGUCAGAAAUGUCAACAGUAGUGAAGGAGGAAGAUAUCUGCUACGACCCAGAGGUAGUGAUUGCCAACAACAACAACAACAGCAUCAACAACAACCAUGAGGAGGGAGUGGAAUAUCUUUUGUCUCCAUACCAGGCAUGUGUAAUGUGUUGUUUGUGGGAUACUUUGCUUGUUUUUUGUGGUGGGUGUUUAUUUUCUUUAUCGUGUGUUGGUAUCCGUUGAAAUAUUGGUUGAGAUUUGUUUUCCAUGCUUCUUUAUUGU